AAUGUCACUGAUGUUCUGACAUCAGCGCUGUUUCAGAGGCUUCCUACUGCGGCCCGAAUUCAACGUCACGAUUCCAUGUCUAGUACUAAGAUAAUUCUAAUAUGACUCUACUGUGCGGGGUGCAUAACUAUCGUUAUACUCUCCCCUCUACGCCCUUUUCCAUUUUAAUCUAGUAUGGAAUCUUUGAAAUGGUCUCCUUUUUAUCAUUCGCUGUCCUUGCGUAUACAUUCUUUAUCCCAUGUCUUGCCGAUGGACUACCAUACUAUGUGCAUCCCACAUGUGUUCAUAAUGACUCAGGUGUACAAGAGGCUAUUGAAGAAGCAGUCUUAAUGGCGCAACGGAGUGUCGCCCGUCUGGAUACCAAGGACCCUGAUAUCCGAAAGGUCUUCUGGUAUACAUUUGGUGCUGAUAUUUCUCGUCGAACGAGUAACAUUCCUAUGAGGAAGGUGCGCAAGAUUAUGAAAGGCAUUGGUGACAUGAAAGGUGUCGAGACAAUGCAAGAUAGCGUCGUACGUAUUAUUUGCGACCACGACAAACGCUGGAAACCGCCACCCGAAGACAUGAAACUGCAAAAAGACAAGUUAGGCAACGACCUACCAGAUUGGUCACAAGAUUCUCUAAAACCAAGCGACGAGAGAGCUCUAAUUGAUGCGGAGCAACUGAAAGAUGGCACCCUCGACACUGAGCCGUGGCGUUUGAAUUUUGGGCAUAAGCGAGUAUGCCAUGAAAGGGGAUCAAUCGCUAUGUACACCCUUACCUAUCAUGGUAGUAUCCCUAAAUUCGGGAAAGGAAGAGCCGAUGUGACAAUCUGUAGUCCAUUCGAUCGUGCUCCAGUGACGACACUUAGAAAACUUAUGACCAUACCUGACUUCGACAUUGUAAGGGACACAACUCUGGUUGGGUCUAGGGAUUCACCUCCGACAGCCAUGGCUCCAACAGCGUUGAUGAGUUUCAUGCUCCUGCAUGAACUCACACAUCUUGUGGACUUCGACCGUGAGGAUGUACCCGAACCGGAUCCAUAUGGAUGGCAACACAUUAUACAUAUGAGUUUGGAAUCGAGAUUGCUUAAUGCAGAUAAUUAUGCGUUUCUUGGCUUACUUGCUCUCCUAGGAGACUAUAGAGUUAAGCUGGAUGGGGACCAACGUCGGGCCAAGGGCGGAUACUUGGUCAACACGGAUUAUGACUUCGGGUUUCGCCCAUGACUGCCAGAGGAUAUGGAGAAAAUAGACUCCUCUAGAGCUUUGUCCAAAGAACCGCAUAGCUAUCAACUAGAGCCAAAUGAUGAGCUCACAAAAAACUGUACUGGAUAUUGGCACCGAAUAGGAAGUACCAAUAUUAAAGCAGGCUGUUCAACCUAGCAAGCGUGUUGCUCCUAAGGAAUGGCUAGGGGUAUGGAAAUAUGCUUCAAAGUAGGAUGUCUUUAUCUCUUAUGUGGUGCAAGCUACAAUCACAAAGGCACCCUAAAGAGUGAAACCCUCUAAUACUACUCGUGUAGCAUCGUUCCAUGAUUCUAGCUACUUGAAACAGUUGAUAUAUGACAAGAGUACACUUCUGAAGACCAAGCCGACGUGCCCGCUAGGU